AUGGCCCGCCUGGCCGCAGUGCUCUGGAGUCUGUGUGUCACCGCUGUCCUGGUCACCUCAGCCACCCAAGGCCUGAGCCGGGCCGGGCUCCCAUUCGGGCUGAUGCGCCGGGAGCUGGCGUGCGAAGGCUACCCCAUCGAGCUGCGGUGCCCAGGCAGCGACGUCAUCAUGGUGGAGAAUGCCAACUACGGGCGCACAGAUGACAAGAUCUGCGAUGCCGACCCUUUCCAGAUGGAAAAUGUGCAGUGCUACCUGCCAGAUGCCUUCAAGAUCAUGUCGCAGAGGUGCAACAACCGCACUCAGUGCGUGGUGGUCGCCGGCUCUGACGCCUUUCCUGACCCUUGUCCUGGGACCUACAAGUACCUGGAGGUGCAGUACGACUGUGUCCCCUACAAAGUGGAGCAGAAAGUCUUCGUGUGCCCAGGGACUCUGCAGAAGGUGCUGGAGCCCACCUCCACGCACGAGUCGGAGCACCAGUCUGGAGCGUGGUGCAAGGACCCGCUGCAGGCGGGCGACCGCAUCUACGUGAUGCCCUGGAUCCCCUACCGCACGGACACGCUCACCGAGUACGCCUCGUGGGAGGACUACGUGGCCGCGCGCCACACCACCACCUACCGCCUGCCCAACCGCGUGGACGGCACGGGCUUCGUGGUCUACGACGGCGCCGUCUUCUACAACAAGGAGCGCACGCGCAACAUUGUCAAGUACGACCUGCGGACGCGCAUCAAGAGUGGGGAGACGGUCAUCAACACCGCCAACUACCAUGACACCUCGCCCUACCGCUGGGGGGGCAAGACCGACAUCGACCUGGCCGUGGACGAGAACGGGCUGUGGGUCAUCUACGCCACGGAGGGCAACAACGGGCGGCUGGUGGUGAGCCAGCUCAACCCCUACACGCUGCGCUUCGAGGGCACGUGGGAGACGGGCUACGACAAGCGCUCGGCGUCCAACGCCUUCAUGGUGUGCGGUGUCCUCUACGUGCUGCGCUCCGUGUACGUGGACGACGACAGUGAGGUGGCCGGCAACCGCGUGGACUACGCCUUCAACACCAAUGCCAACCGCGAGGAGCCCGUCAGCCUCGCCUUCCCCAACCCCUAUCAGUUCGUCUCCUCCGUCGACUACAACCCUCGCGACAACCAGCUCUACGUCUGGAACAACUACUUCGUGGUGCGCUACAGCCUGGAGUUUGGGCCGCCCGACCCCAGUGCUGGCCCAGCCACUUCCCCACCCCUCAGCACGACCACCACAGCCCGGCCCACACCCCUCACCAGCACUGCCUCACCUGCAGCCACCACCCCACUCCGCCGGGCGCCCCUCACCACACACCCAGUGGGUGCCAUCAACCAGCUGGGACCUGACCUACCUCCAGCCACAGCUCCGGCACCUAGCACCCGGAGGCCCCCAGCCCCCAAUCUGCACGUGUCUCCCGAGCUCUUCUGUGAGCCCCGAGAGGUACGGCGGGUCCAGUGGCCGGCUACCCAGCAGGGCAUGCUGGUGGAGAGGCCCUGCCCCAAGGGAACUCGAGGAAUUGCCUCCUUCCAGUGUCUACCAGCCCUGGGGCUCUGGAACCCCCGGGGCCCUGACCUCAGCAACUGCACCUCCCCCUGGGUCAACCAGGUGGCCCAGAAGAUCAAGAGCGGGGAGAAUGCAGCCAACAUCGCAAGCGAGCUGGCCCGCCAUACACGGGGCUCCAUCUACGCGGGGGAUGUGUCCUCCUCCGUGAAGCUGAUGGAGCAGCUGCUGGACAUCCUGGAUGCCCAGCUGCAGGCGCUGCGGCCCAUCGAGCGCGAGUCAGCUGGCAAGAACUAUAACAAGAUGCACAAGCGAGAGAGAACCUGCAAGGAUUAUAUCAAGGCUGUGGUAGAGACAGUGGACAACCUGCUCCGGCCAGAGGCUCUCGAGUCCUGGAAGGACAUGAAUGCCACAGAGCAGGUGCACACAGCCACCAUGCUCCUGGACGUCCUGGAGGAGGGCGCCUUCCUGCUGGCCGACAAUGUCAGGGAGCCUGCCCGCUUCUUGGCUGCCAAGGAGAAUGUGGUCCUGGAGGUCACAGUCCUGAACACGGAGGGCCAGGUGCAGGAGCUGGUGUUCCCCCAGGAGUACCCGAGGAAGAACUCCAUCCAGCUGUCUGCCAACACCAUCAAGCAGAACAGCCGAAAUGGGGUUGUCAAAGUUGUCUUCAUUCUCUACAACAACCUGGGCCUCUUCCUGUCCACGGAGAAUGCCACGGUGAAGUUGGCGAGUGAAGCAGGCCCGGGGGGCCCGGGGGGCGCCUCCCUGGUGGUGAACUCGCAGGUCAUUGCAGCGUCCAUCAACAAGGAGUCCAGCCGUGUCUUCCUCAUGGACCCUGUCAUCUUCACCGUGGCCCAUCUAGAGGACAAGAACCACUUCAAUGCUAACUGCUCCUUCUGGAACUACUCGGAGCGUUCCAUGCUGGGCUACUGGUCGACCCAGGGCUGCCGCUUGGUGGAGUCCAACAAGACCCAUACCACGUGUGCCUGCAGCCACCUCACCAACUUUGCAGUGCUCAUGGCUCACCGUGAGAUCUACCAGGGCCGCAUCAAUGAGCUGCUGCUGUCAGUCAUCACCUGGGUGGGCAUCGUGAUCUCCCUGGUCUGCCUGGCCAUCUGCAUCUCCACCUUCUGCUUCCUGCGGGGGCUGCAGACUGACCGCAACACCAUCCACAAGAACCUGUGCAUCAACCUCUUCCUGGCCGAGUUGCUCUUCCUGGUCGGGAUAGACAAGACUCAGUAUGAGAUUGCCUGCCCCAUCUUUGCUGGUUUGCUGCACUACUUCUUCCUGGCUGCCUUCUCCUGGCUGUGCCUGGAGGGUGUGCACCUCUACCUGCUGCUGGUGGAGGUGUUUGAGAGCGAGUAUUCCCGCACCAAGUACUACUACCUGGGCGGCUACUGCUUUCCGGCCCUGGUGGUAGGCAUCGCAGCCGCCAUUGACUACCGCAGCUAUGGCACCGAGAAGGCCUGCUGGCUCCGAGUGGACAAUUACUUCAUCUGGAGCUUCAUUGGGCCCGUGUCAUUUGUUAUCGUGGUGAAUCUGGUGUUCCUCAUGGUGACCCUGCACAAGAUGAUCCGAAGUUCAUCCGUGCUCAAACCUGACUCCAGUCGCCUCGACAACAUUAAAUCCUGGGCCCUGGGGGCCAUCGCGCUGCUCUUCCUGCUGGGUCUUACCUGGGCUUUUGGCCUCCUCUUCAUCAACAAGGAGUCGGUGGUCAUGGCCUAUCUUUUCACCACCUUCAACGCCUUCCAGGGGGUCUUCAUCUUCGUCUUUCACUGCGCCUUACAGAAGAAGGUGCACAAGGAGUACAGCAAGUGCCUGCGUCACUCCUACUGCUGCAUCCGCUCCCCGCCAGGGGGUACUCACGGCUCCCUCAAGACCUCAGCCAUGCGAAGCAACACCCGCUACUACACAGGGACCCAGAGCCGAAUCCGGAGGAUGUGGAACGACACUGUGAGGAAACAGACUGAGUCCUCCUUCAUGGCGGGUGACAUCAACAGCACCCCCACCCUGAACCGAGGUACCAUGGGCAACCACCUGCUGACCAACCCUGUGCUGCAGCCUCGUGGGGGCACAAGCCCCUACAACACCCUCAUUGCUGAGUCGGUGGGCUUCAAUCCCUCCUCGCCCCCUGUCUUCAACUCCCCAGGGAGCUUCCGGGAACCCAAGCACCCCUUGGGAGGCCGGGAAGCCUGCGGCAUGGACACCCUGCCCCUUAACGGCAACUUCAACAACAGUUACUCCUUGCGAAGCGGAGAUUUCCCUCCAGGGGAUGGGGGACCUGAGCCGCCCCGGGGCCGGAACCUGGCCGACGCCGCUGCCUUCGAGAAGAUGAUCAUCUCAGAGCUAGUGCAUAACAACCUGCGGGGGAGCAGCAGUGGGGUCAAGGGCCCUCCACCACCCGAGCCCCCUGUGCCACCUGUGCCCGGGGGUAGUGGCGAGGAAGAGGCAGGCGGGCCCGGGGGUGCUGACCGGGCGGAGAUUGAACUUCUCUACAAGGCCCUGGAGGAGCCACUGCUGCUGCCCCGGGCCCAGUCGGUGCUGUACCAGAGUGAUCUGGACGAGUCAGAGAGCUGCACGGCAGAGGACGGCGCCACCAGCCGGCCCCUCUCCUCCCCUCCAGGCCGGGACUCCCUCUAUGCCAGCGGGGCCAACCUGCGGGACUCACCCUCCUACCCGGACAGCAGCCCUGAGGGGCCCAGCGAGGCCCUGCCCCCGCCCCCGCCCGCGCCACCCGGUCCCCCUGAAAUCUACUACACCUCGCGCCCGCCAGCCCUGGUGGCCCGGAACCCCCUGCAGGGCUACUACCAGGUGCGGCGGCCUAGCCACGAGGGCUACCUGGCAGCACCCGGCCUCGAGGGGUCAGGGCCCGAUGGGGAUGGGCAGAUGCAGCUGGUCACCAGUCUCUGA